AUGGCCCCAAAGAUGGGAUCGAAGGUGCAAUCGCCCGAAAAGAAACCCUCUAAGCAAGUCAAUGGCCAAAUUAGGGGAUCACGAGGGAAACCCGCGGACUAUUCCUCCCACGGCGUUACCGACAACGACAUCUUCAUGCUUCCCAGCUCAGAUUUUCAGUUGUUGGGUCUCCUUACAGUUGUUGCUGCCGUGGUGCGAAUCUUUAGGAUCUAUCAACCAAGCAGCGUUGUCUUCGAUGAAGUCCAGUAUGUUGUGCAAUUCUUUGGAGGUUUCGCCUCGAAAUAUAUCAAAGGUAGAUUCUUUAUGGAUGUACAUCCACCAUUGGCCAAAUUACUCCUCACCCUGGCCGGCUGGUUAGCCGGCUUCGAUGGAGAUUUCGAUUUCAAGGACAUUGGAAAAGAUUACGUUGAGCCUGGCGUACCAUAUGUGGCGAUGCGGAUGUUACCUGCGAUUAUGGGUGUGCUGACCAUACCGACUAUCUUCUUGACUCUGAAGGCAGCUGGCUGCCGAACAACUACGGCUGCGAUGGGCGCUGGGAUGGUCAUAUUUGAGAAUGGACUAGUCACGCAAUCCCGCCUUAUUCUACUUGACUCACCUCUCAUUAUUUUUACUGCUUUUACUGCGCUUGCUUGGACCUGCUUCACCAACCAACAUGAACAAGGACCAUCGAAAGCCUUUGACCCAAGUUGGUGGUUCUGGCUAGUUGCCACAGGGCUUGGACUCGGUGCAACUGUCAGCGUGAAAUGGGUUGGACUCUUUACGAUAGCCUGGGUCGGAAGUUUGACUAUUGUCCAAUUGUGGGUCUUACUCGGCGAUACAAAGACCGUCACUCCACGAAUUUGGUUCAAACACCUGCUUGCUCGGAUCUUCUGUCUGAUCAUUAUACCGCUCACAUUCUAUAUGGCCUUGUUCGCGAUUCAUUUUGUCUGUCUUGUUAACCCGGGUGAUGGCGAUGGUUUUAUGUCGUCCGAGUUCCAGGCCACCCUCAACUCGAAGGCUAUGCAGGAUGUCCCUGUUGAUGUCAUGGUAGGUAGUCGGGUCAGCAUUCGCCAUCACAAUACGCAUGGGGGCUAUUUACACUCCCAUAACUCUAUGUAUCCAGGAGGGAGCAAACAACAGCAAAUCACUCUCUAUCCACAUAAAGAUGAUAACAAUGUCUGGCUAUUGGAAAAUCAAACCCAGCCACUAGAUGUCGCUGGGGAAGAAAUCAAAGGCAUCAAUGCAUGGGACGUAAAUCCCAAGCCAUUGACCGAUGGGACCGUGCUUCGUUUAUAUCACUUUAGUACACACCGACGACUUCAUUCUCACGACGUUCGGCCACCCGUCAGCGAAGCUGAUUGGCAAAAUGAGGUCUCAGCCUAUGGUUACGAAGGCUUUGAAGGCGAUGCAAACGAUCUGUUCCGUCUAGAGAUCGUGAAAUCGAUGUCAGAUGGCGCUCUAGCCAAGGAGAAGGUCCGAACAAUCGAAACAAAAUUCAAGCUUGUGCAUAUCAUGACCGGUUGUUCGCUCUUCUCGCACAAAGUCAAGCUUCCGGACUGGGGCUUCGAUCAGCAGGAGGUCACAUGCGCGAAACAAGGCACCCUUCCCAAUAGCAUUUGGUAUAUCGAGCAGAACGAGCAUCCUUCCCUUGGUUCUGACUCCGAAAAGGUCAACUACAAGCAUCCUGGGUUCUUCGGAAAGUUCUGGGAAUUGCAGAAGGUGAUGUGGACUACUAAUGCAGGGCUCGUUGAGUCUCAUGCCUGGGACUCUCGCCCACCUUCGUGGCCAUGGCUUCGUCGUGGUAUUAACUUCUGGGGCAAAGACCACCGCCAAAUCUAUCUCCUCGGAAAUCCCGUCAUCUGGUGGACAUCUACAGUUGGUAUUGUAAUUUAUGUCGUCUUUAAGGGCCUUUCCGUCCUCAGGUGGCAACGAGGAUUCCAAGACUACGACAACGUCAACUUCAAGCGCUUCGACUACGAGAUUGGCACAACUGUGCUUGGCUGGGCCUUUCACUACUUUCCAUUCUACCUUAUGCAGCGGCAACUUUUCUUACAUCACUACCUGCCCGCUCUAUAUUUCGCUAUCAUGGCCGUCUCCCAAAUCUAUGACUUUGCAGCGAGGAGGAUUGACGGACCAUUCGGGUUCCGGGACACCCCCAUCAUCGGAAGAUCAGGGGCUGUCGCUUUCUUAGCUGCCAGCAUCGUCGCUUUCACCAUUUAUGCACCCCUCUCAUAUGGCAAUCCGUGGACACAAAGUGCUUGCUCAAGCGUUAAACUUAUCGACACGUGGGAUUUUGACUGUAAUACUUUCCACACUAGUCUCGAUCAGUAUGACAUCGUUGCUCCAAGCGGGAGCGCCCAACAGACGCAAGCACCCUCAGUAGCUCAUGAUCAAAAAGCGCAACCCGAAGAGCAGAUGACGCCAAAAGCGAAUCCUGAAGAUGCUCAGAUCAAAAAGGAAGAGAAGAUUGAGUAUCGUGACGAGCAAGGCAACUUGCUUAACGAAGAACAGGUCGCUGCGCUUGAAGGCAAAGUCUCUUUCCAGACUCGCUACGAGACGCGUACUCGGAUUGUGGACGCUGAUGGCAAUGAGAUCGACGAGGGUCCAGCUGGUGGCGACCAAGGUGGGCAAGGCGGGCAUGCUCCACCACAUCCAGACGUGGAGAGGCUACCAUCGACGGGUAAGGACGAGUCGCAGGACGGUGGAAGGGAGAAGCCGGCUACAGCGAGCCCGGAGGAGGAUAUUGGGAAGGAGAGGAGCGUGGAACAAGGCGACAAGGGAAAGCCUAGGCCAGCUAGCGAAGGAUUGGAAGCGACCAGGAAAGACGAGCUAUGA